AUGGCGGACCAAUCGACGAUUUGUUUGGCGAGAAGUGUUGAAGUGGCAAGAAGAGAACUAAAUAAUCUACGGCGUGAUUUGAAUUCCAUGAAAAAGAUGUUUAUUCAAAAGUUUAAGGAAGUUAAAGAAUUGAUCGAAAAAGGUGAGACUAAAACUUUGCAUAGGCAUUGUCUUUAAUAUCCCUUGAGACGGACCUUUUGUGACUCCCUACCUUACAAUAUAGAAGAUUAGCCCAUGCUCGAUAUAUUAAAACUCUAACGUAUCUCCGAGGCUUUAGGGAUAAAAUUGCGAUUUUUUAAAACUUCAUUGUCUCGCAAAUCCCCGAAGAGACUUGAGCGCAAAGAAAAUCAAAUAUAGAAAAAUGACCAGAAAGCCUCGGAGUCAUGUUAGAAUUUUAGAAGCAACUACAGAACAUAGCCAUGUUUUAAGGGCUUAAACAAAAGUGGCUCAGUGGCUCUCUAGUCAUGACAAGUGUUUAAAGAACAAGAAAGAUAUAAGACAUAUAAGACAUAAAAGUAUAAAAUUUAAAGAGAAAGUAAAGGUAUGUGUUUUUGUGGCUCAACAACAGCAACAACAACAAUAACUUUAUUUAUCCAUGGUUAAGAAAUCAUCAGGCCAAGUGAACUACUAAAUAAUUGUAACCUACUUAACUAAUUAAAACUUUAACUAAUUAACUGUAAGAAAUUGUGUCUGCUUUACAUGAUUGCCGUGAUUAUCAACAUAUUUCAUUGGCUUGAUGGCUCGUCAGUCGAGGUUAGUGUCUUAAAGAAUGAGAAAGGUAUGUAUAAUGGUGGCUUGGUGGUUCUUCAGUCAAGGUUUCAUAGUUUAGUGGCUCAAUGACUUGGUUGCUCGUCAGUCGGGACAACCGAGCCGCCCACGACGCCUAGAAGAUUUGCCUUGUAUUCUAAUUCUGUGGUUAAGCCAAAUUUUACCAUAUGGAAUGUGGGCUAAUGAACAAAUUGAAGGUGUCAUACAGCUGAAAAACUACCUCGUGAGUAGUGUUUUCUGCAGGCCAGACACUAUGCUAUGAAGAGAGAGAAACCACUGUGAGAGACCGUUUGCUUUUCCAUUGAUCAUGAGUAUGUGCACCCAUGUGACACUUAUGGCAAAAUGUCAAAUGACAUCACUUUCUCUUAUUUUACAAGAAACAUAUGACUCAACGGCAACAAGAAUGUAAAAAAAAAGGUUUAAUAAGCGAAACAACAACUUUGCAAGUGCAUCACACUUUUUUGUACAUUUCUUUGCCGUUUUUGCACCACUAUAGCAUAGUAAUGCCCAAUUUCAUGUUUUAUAGAGAAUGUAAGCAAACAACAACGAAAUUUUAUUUCUCUCUCAAGUUUGGUUCACUACAUUUGACAAAGGCAGUGGGUAGAAAUAAUCGCGAUAAAAACUGAAAGAACUUAAAUUUACAGCAGGCUCACGUUAAGAAGAUGCAUUUCUGGACAUAAGUGGAGACAUGUUAAGGCAGCAGUUAUAAUCAUAGGCAAAUGGGUGAGAGCCCUGACUUGUUUUUAAACAGGUUUUACCUGUUCGAAGUUGUGAAGUCGCGAAUCGAGCUCAAAUAAACGGUUACAUUAUACGCCCUUAGUUCCGUUAAUAGUCCUCCUACUAGUCUGUUGUACACUGUCCUGUAUGCAAAUCAAGUACCUUUUUGCUUCGAAUGUUAACGCUCAUUCCGCAUCUAAUUAUCGUACACUAAGUCCCUUGAGACCCGACACUACAUCUCCCCCUUUUUUUCUAGUGUGGCUCAAAGUCUCUGUAAGUAGUGUUCCAAGUAGACGUUCUUGCACGCGCUGAUCUUCUUGGCCCGCUUACUGCAGUAUCGUCUGGCUGCUGUUGAUGUCCCCCCGUUUCCGUCGCUCCUAGGGAUGUCGGUGGACCAUCUGGCUUGUUAAGUAGACCGCCAAUUGUCAUCUCACUGGAUGCGCCGAGGUUGUCGGGUUGCAAACGCAAAUCUUCCCUGGCUCCUGUUUCAGUUUCUUCCACACUGGAUGUAUCCAGACCUUCUUGGUCCAAAUCCACAGCUACGUACUCAUCCUCCCUCGCGUGCUUCAGCAACUUACAAUGGGAUGAAUUCCGGAUUUAAUCUCCCUACCCCUUUUCACGGUGAUCAUACUUCCUUUCACGCCUAUUACUGAGAAGGGACGGGGGUCAAAUGCUGGGGUGAGAACUUCUGCUUUGCUCUGCUUCAAAAGAACUUGGUCUCCAACCACUACAAGGCUUUCCCGGGCGUUCGGCCUCUUGUCCGCGUACUCUUUCAUCUGCUUCUUUUUAGCCGCGUCUCUUUGUCUGAUGGGGUCGUAUGGAAUUUCUCCUACGGGUAUGAUCCUUUCCGGUAGCUUCCUCCGUAGCUCUCAGCCGAACAUGAGCAUGUCAGGGCUUUCCUUUGUCGCUGGGUGGGGCAUGGCGCGAUAACUGCCAACCGUUCUUUGCACUCCCACCCGAAUAGCUUUUCCUUCAAGUUUAGAAAUUCUCGCACUCUUCUUGAGGGUUUGCAUGAAACGCUCCACGUCACCAUUAGCUUCAGCCCACCCAGGAGUGACCUUUCGGUGUCUGAACCCUUGUUCCUGAGCAAAGUUCGCAAACUUUGAACCAUUAAACGGGGGCCCAUUAUCCGAUUUGAUCUCUUCGGGGAUUCCGUACGUGUUGAACACGCGCGUAAAUGGGGGGAUAACGUAAACUCAACGGCUGGAUACCUGGCAUACUGGUCCCAAAAGACCAACGCCAUGUCUUUGUUUCGUACACAUGGGCACGGAGUAACUGCUUUGUACGAACAAUCCCUUGGUGGCCUUCGUGAGCAAUCUUAACCAUGGCUUCCCUGAGUGCCUGAGGCACUACAAUGCGUUCACCGCGGAGAACGAGCCCAUCAACUACGGCCAGUUCUUUGAAAACGUUAGAGUACUUCCUCAAGUCUGCGUCUUUAUGGACUAUACUCUUCUCUUCGACACACUUAAUCAGUUUCUGUAAUUGCUUGUCAUUUCCCAUUGUCCGAGCGUAUAUAACUUCUCCUCUGGAUUGGUGUCAGUUUCAUGGCUUUGUCGGUCUAUUUCAAUUCUUUCCGCUUGCUUAUCCGACAUUUCCUGGGCUCUUGCGAAAUCCAGGGCUUCCGUUAUGGUAUGAGGUUUGCUAAGCAACCGUGGUCUGAUCCGCCUCGAUUUUCCUUUCUCUGUUAACUGCAGUUGAAUUUCAACAUCAUGCCAAUCCGUCGGAAAAUCGCAUGGACCCGCUGCUAGUUUCAAACGAGUAGCGAAGUCAUCGUAUGACUCCUCUUUCUCUUGAGCUAGCUGCCGAAACUGGCAUAUGUUGAAUAGGUGAUGUUUUCUGGAUUCAAAAUAUUCCAUGAGUUUCUCAGCGGCGGUUUCGAAAUCCUCACCGGUGUCUUCUAGGGUGUCAAAAAUAUCUUGUAUUUUUGUCCUGCACAAUGUAAAAAUAAAGCUCUUUUCCUUGCUUUAUCCUUUAUGGUCAUUCCACGUAUUUUCUGAAGCGCGAACCCACCGAAGUUGGAUCCAUGUCCGUAAUUCAGGUUUGUAUCGAAACCAGCCAUUUUCCAAGAAAUAGAGGAACUCCUCGUCGCCAAUGUGAAGUCGCGAAUCGAGCUCAAAUAAACGGUUACAUUAUACGCUCUUAGUUCCAUUAAUAGUCCUCCUACUAGUCUGUUGUACACUGUCCUGUAUGCAAAUCAAGUACCUUUUUGCUUCAAAUGUUAACGCUCAUUCCGCAUCUAAUUAUCGUACAUUAAGUCCCUUGAGACCCGACACUACAGAAGUUAAUUUUUUUUGUCCGAUGUUUAGCGCCUUUUUGGAAUAUUUUAGGGUAAACUGAAUUGAAUUUUUGUUAUUAGUCAUACGUUAAGUUUUAUAUUCACGAUACUUACCAGCUUCACACGCACAUUUUGGACUGACGGAUGUGGUCUUUCAGGGGGGCAAAAAAGUGGUAAAAUUUGCCAACAUGGAAAAUCACGGUUGAGUUUGUUUACUCCCUCUAAACGAUUCAACAAUUUUAGCCAUGUGCAAAAUGCACAGUUUGAGUUUGGAAAAAGUUUUAUGUUAAAUAUUUGCUUGCUGUGAGGACAUCUACUCACCUACAGUCCUUACUGUAUCCAAAAAAGUAACAAUGAACACUCCUAUCCAGAAUUUGUCAUUAAUGUCUUUAAGAUACCGGUAAAUAGUUGUUCAUUUUCUGUUGUCUAGAAUAAACAAACUUGACUGUGAUUUCUUGUAUUGGCAGAUUUUAUAACUUGUUUGCCCCCUGAGAAACCAUGUGACAUUGCUUUUAUCCCAUCAGUCCUUGAGAGCAAGCAAAGAUGGCAGGUGUUGUGAAUAAGGUCUACUGUCCUGGAUGCGUGGGAUCAAUGUCGAUAGUCUGCAGGCAUGAUAUGAGACUCAGGUAUAAUGCAUGAGAGUUGGCAGGUAUCUGGACAUUCUCAUGCUGACCUUCUGACUCCAGUCAGUGUUAGGUCGGCAGUCUGUUGUUGCUCCAACCAAUUACUGUUUGGGUAAAAGUGGGGUGGGGCUUUCAAGUGAGUUCUUGGUAUCAUGGGAUGAGGUUAAUGUACACAACAUUAUAUAACUCCCUAUGACAGUUUAUCAAGAGAGCCAACAGCUUUUUGUAAGAUUUUUUGCCUACUGUAAAAUUUUUGAUAAACAUAUUUAAUAAUGAAACACAAGAUUAUCAUGAAUAUAAUACCCUCGUUCAUGGCUAAUGAUAAAGUGUGCGACAUUAUCACUAAUACAAGUCCACCAUUCCAAUUCAUUAGUUCAAUGUGGCUGUCAAAGUCGUUGUUAGUACAGUAGCCUUGGUAAAGUUUCAUGGCCCAUAUGGGCGCAUGACCUGUAAGGAAGCCUUGCUUAGGGAAGAUGGGGAGUGAUGGUACGUAGACUUUCUACGUUACUCUGGCAGAACUCUCAUUUCAAACAGAUGGGGUUGCUCACUGGAAUUUCAGAAUAAAAAAAUGGAGCAUUUAUAUACCUGGAGGUUCUCCAAAGUUGACCACAUUUUCCAAAUCCAGCCUACCCCUACCAAGGGAGAGUAGUAGGACAGAGAGGGAAUCUUACGGCGUUGCCCUGGAUAUGUCAAUUUUUUGACCCAGGUGGCUUGAUUAAUUUUCCUUUUUUAUCAAUAUGGUGAGACUGUGAGGUGAUCAUCUUUUUUUAACCCAUGGAUUACACGUAGCGUAAGGAACAAGUUAUUGUGGGCACCGCGAUAUGCAAAUGUAUCACUCGGGUGUAGACACCGUUCAUAAUUAGUCAGCUCUGCACAAAAAUGCCCGAUAUCAAAAUGACAACUGUCGUAGAUCGAUCAUUCCCAUACUGCGAUCAAGAAGUGCAUUGUGCCUAGAGCUUUUGAUGUUAUGAUUUUGUAACUUCCAUGGGGCGAUAAUUUGUCUUCCUGUGGACUUUGAAUGUUUUAAAUUAGCACUAUAGCCAACUUUGAGACAGACGUUUAUGAACUUUUGAAGCUUUUUGACUUGUCAGGGAAUAAACAUGACAAAAAGAUCAGCAAUUGCUCUUCAGUUCCCAAGUUGGUCCAAGCUCACGUUUCUUCCAUGAGUCUCACGAUUUUUUAACUUUUCUCCCGACAAGACUCCCAGUCUCAUGGUUUUUAGUGAAAUAUCAUUCUGAAAUGAAAUGUUUCUUUGUUCAAUAAAAAUGGGAAUGUUUACUGUUGCUGAAUCGUAAUUGAUUCUCCUCAUUUAAACGAAUACCAAGUGAUACAAUGCCGUCAGCAAGAGACUUCACGGCGGUUUUGCAUGACACUUGUCGGCCAUAUGCUCUUCAAAUGCGACGAAAUGAGUUAAAGCACGGCUUUUACUGUCAAAACCCUGCUUGUUUUGGUAGAAUAUAUCUUUCAAUUCUUCGUACUAAAUAAAGCUCUACUAGCUUAAAACAGCAUCCACCGGCAGAAUUUCAUGGGCAAAAAAUGUGAGAUAUCAUUAAUUUGACGCAAAUGAGUAUAGUUUGUUCUCAUGGCGCAAUAGAUAUCAUGUUGCUCUCCAGCGCUAGAGGUCUGGGGUUCGACUCCCGACCAAGGAAACUCUUUCUUUUUUCUUCGUUGUUUUGUUGUUUUUGUUUCUCUUUUUUAAAAACUUAUUUUCAUUUUUUGGCGGACUUGAAUUACAAGUUAAUUAUGAGCUUUUCAUUUCUAAAAUAAUUAAUAAUAAUUAUUUAUUAAUCCACAAGUUACCCAUAGGCACCCUUUAAUUGGUCUUGUUUUUCAGGUAACAGGAAUGGCUUUCCUGGGUGGGGAAAUUGGGGUAAACACCAUAUUUUGUUUUGAAAAAAUGAUCUAAAAGGAGUCAAAGUUGUUUUACAUUUAGGCAGUUACACCACUCAGGCCUUGAAAUUGUGGCCGGUCAACAGACAAUGUUGGGGUUGAAACUAGCCCUUGUCUCAUCAAAUCUUUAGAUGACUGGAUCUUUGUUCCAGUUGUUUAUCCUUCUAAUGGAAAAUUCAAUCAUUUAUUCAGGAGGGACCUGCUGUAGAAAUGAAGCUUGCAAGAACCCCCAAAUAUGGCAUAAUCAAGAACAAAGAGUAUUUCAUUCAGAUAUGAAACCAAUCGGCUUUGUUGAAUCAUGCUUCAAUGAGAAAAAUGGGAUUCCCAGACAACCAAGUGUGUGCCCAUCAGCGAAGGCAAAGUUGUGUGUGACUGUGGAAGGAUUUACUAACCCUGAACACUCUUUAGAAGGAUUGGAGAAGUUUUCACAUGUGUGGUGAGUUUAUAACGCACGGUUCAAUAGGGGCACCUAACGACUUUUUUCUGCAAAAUAAUUGUUUGCAGGAGCAAGUAGAAAUUUGCCUAGAAAUUUGUAAAGACCUACAUGUAGAAAGGCUAAAUAUUUCUGGACAACCAUUCCAUUUGUCUAAGAUAUUUCGAGGUUUUCUACUAAUUCAACUAUGUUUUUUUGCGAUUGUGUUUUUCAUUUAAUUAUAUUACCAACUGAGAUAUUGCGAUUAUUAUUUACAGAAAAAAAGGUUCUGAAUUUUUAGAGUACAUUACUUGUUUCAGUCCCCCAGAAUCUUCUAAUGAAAGUAUGGCUGCUCCAUGUCCCUGAACUUUCGACAAGAUUCAGAUGGGUGGUGGACAGAACACUGACCCCCAGUCCGUGGACUACCUCCACUGACUACUUAUGUAUGGACUAACCUAAACUGGACUACGGUGCUGAAGUUUAGUGAUUACAGUUAGGAUACUGAGUGAAUCAGGUUCCAUUUAGGGUCAUCAUACUGGGAAAACUGGCCUGAAAUGUGAUUCACUCGGUUUCCUAACCCUAAUCACAAAACUUCAUGGUGCAAUCCAUUUUAGGGUAGUCCAUAGGGGUGCUCAUGCAGUCCAUGCACUCGGGGUCUGUGUUUUGCCCACCACUGAUUCGGAUGAGAAACAAGAAAGCUAAUUAAAACUUUGGUGAGCAUCAAAGUUCCCUUAACACAUCCGAACAGAUAAGUAGUUUUUAGGACAGCUUCAAAUGAACCAAAAAGGCUUCUUAAGCAUUGAGAGAACCAUUUGAGACACUUCUGUUGUAUUAGGAAACAUUCGCCCCUUGGGUGCCCCUGAUAAAAAUGUGUUUACUUUUCUCUGUUCCUGCUUAUUAUCAUGUACAUCAACUCUUUCCUUCCUUGUUAUGGGGCAGCAGAAGACUCUUGACUGGAAAUGCAGGAAAUUAGGGCACCGUUUUGGGUGGUUUGUUUCCUUACACCUUUUCUGUCACUGCAAUAAAUGUGCAGCGGUUUGCUUGUAAUCCAAACGUUGUAACAUGAUUUGUUUCGUACACUUUAGGGUCAUCUUUUUGUUUCACAAGAACACCAACAAAGCCAUCAAAGCAAAAGUCAAACCACCUCGUUUAGAUGGUGGAAAGGUAGGGGUGUUUGCAUCUCGCAGUCCGCACAGGCCCAACCCUAUUGGACUAACAUUGGCAAAGCUCGAUGGCAUCAUUGGCAACACGUUGUUAUUGUCUGCUGUAGAUCUACUACAUGGAACUCCGGUACUCGAUAUCAAACCUUAUGUCCCAGAAUACGAUCAGCCAUUAGCUGUCGACAGCAAGGGGAAAGUGGAAUCUGAAAGCAGUGACGUAACUUUGUCCAGUAGCCAAGAUGUCUUACAAAUGCAAGAAACAGUGAAUGAACUUUCACUGAACUCUGUUUAUGAAGAAGUAAACCAAUGGCAUGAAACACCAAAUCUAGAAAACCUGGAAUCUAAGGCAACAUCAACAAAUAUUGCGGAAUGGAUAAGGAAUCCCCCUGUUAAGAAACUGAAUGUUAAAUUCUCUGUUGAGGCCGUAGCGCAAGUCAACCAUUUCCAUGGUAACUUGUCACAAGGAGAGGACUCACAAUCUGAUGAAUUGGCUGAGGAUGCCAAUAGCCCAGUGUACUUACAGAGGUGUAAUUGCACUUCAAAGCCUGAAGAGUUGUUAAAGAGCUUUACCUGUAAGAGGAAUUGUAAGAAUGAAACCGGCAGUGACAGUAUAGUUUGUUCAACUGAAAGGGAUUGUAGUAAUAUUGAUGAGAAAGACACCGAGGUGAUUAACAAUUCCAAAGAUGAUGUUUUAGAAAGAGUGUUUACUGCUCCUAGCCCUGUUGUAAGCGAAAACGACAACGAAACUGUACAAGAAAAAGUCGGUGAAACUUCUACGCCUUUAUGUCGUGGCGAAGUUCAGCAGUCUCUCGGCCCGUGCAUAUAUCAACUAAAAAUGCUCUCGUCGCCAGAGGAGGCAAAGCAAGCCAUAACCGAUAUUCUGAAAGCAGAUCCCAGGUCAGUAUACAGACGGAACCAUUGUCAAGAUCAGUUAUAUCGCUUUAGCAUUGAUACAAUGAAUAUUACUUGUAAAUUUGAGGACUCUUCGGUUAAGGUUUUACAAAUAGAACCUGUGUACUUCAGAGAACUGGACAGAAACUACCGCGAUUAA